GAGGUAAAGCAACCUUAUUCUGUAUCCGUGCAGAUAUUUUUCUUAUGAAUUUUGUUUAGUAUAUAUGAUUUUGGAUAUGGUGUUGGUUUCAAAUAAAAAUCUACACUAUUGCUUUCUUAGCGUUAGCUUUAAUUGAUAGUUAACUGGAUUGUGCAGUUUAAAUUAUUUGUUAAAUCAAACUAGUUUAUAACUUUCUAAGUGGAUUAGGCCCAUUCAUAUCAACUUAAAUUGAAAUAAUUGGUUUAAAUUGAGGAAUAUAUGGUGGGAAUGAAGGUUCAUAUCUAUGUUGUCAAAAGCCCUUUGCGAGUCUAGGCGACCCUCGGGUUAGAUUAUGACCAGAUUACGUUCUCGCCAAAUCCUGAAACUUUUCGUAAUUCUGUAAGUUCCAGGCAAACUCGUCAGAAACAGCCAAAAAUGGCCGGAAUCCACCGUUAAAUCCCAAAAAAAUAUAAGAUCGGUCUCGGUGUAUAAGAAAAUCAUCGACUUCUUUACUCCUACUGGAGCAAUGGAUCUCUUGGAAGCAAAGGAGAUCCAGGUCGGGCUCGCUGUUGCAGCCGUUGUUGUUGUUGCCACUGCAGCCUACUUUUAUUCCUCCAAGAAAUCAAAAGUGGGGAGCAUAGAUCCUGAAAAUUUUCGGGACUUCAAGCUUGUGAAGAAAACACAGCUUAGCCAUAACGUGGCCAAGUUCAGAUUUGCACUUCCUACACCUACUUCAGUGUUGGGUCUUCCCAUUGGACAACACAUAAGCUGCAGGGGUAAAGAUAGCCAAGGAGAAGAGGUUAUUAAACCAUACACUCCAACUACCUUAGACACUGAUGUGGGGUAUUUUGAGUUGGUUAUUAAGAUGUACCCACAAGGUCGGAUGUCCCAUCACUUCAGAGAGAUGCGUGAAGGUGACUAUAUGUCUGUUAGGGGACCUAAGGGGCGUUUCAGGUAUCAACCUGGCCAGGUGAGAGCUUUUGGAAUGCUUGCUGGAGGCUCCGGAAUCACUCCAAUGUUUCAGGUUGCUAGAGCUAUACUAGAAAAUCCAAAAGAUAAAACUCAAGUGCAUCUCAUCUAUGCUAAUGUCACAUACGAUGACAUCCUUCUUAAGGAAGAAAUCGACGGGCUUGCAACUAAUUACCCUGGUCGUUUUCAUGUGUACUAUGUAUUGAAUCAGCCACCAGAGGAAUGGACCGGGGGUGUCGGUUUUGUAUCAAAAGAAAUGAUCCAAACCCAUUGUCCUGCACCUGCAUCCGAUAUUAAGAUUCUAAGAUGUGGGCCACCACCGAUGAACAAGGCGAUGGCCGGUCAUCUAGACGCGUUGGGAUAUUCAUCAGAGAUGCAGUUUCAGUUCUAAACAUAUUGAGAGGGCCUUUACAUAUUGCUCUACUUCAACAUUUUCAUUGGCUCGAUUGGGAAAAUUUAUAGACAACAUUUUGACACAAACUAUGUGCUUCCAGUCUACUUGUUAAAUCUUCACUGUACUCUAUUCGAAUAAAGUUUUUCCCCGUCGUGGUUAACCAUAAAAACAUGUAAUUUACAUGUGUUUUGCGUAUCGAACAUUCUUAAACAGAAA